AGACUGAAGUUAAUUUGAACGAAGCUUGUGAAUCAUUAACCUGUUUAACUAAAGAUGAAACUAGAGUCCAAUGGCGCCCGAGAACAAAGACGAGCUGUUCAGCGAGGCAAUAACCUGUAUCCAUUUACUCAAAAAUAGGAACAUAUAAACUUCAUCUCAGCCUCACAAAAUGAGAAGCAUACGAACAAACAGGAACUGCCAAGACUACAUUUAUGAGUUACGUGGCCAAACAUUAAGCGCCAUGGUUGCUUUAAAACUUGGCGUUAAAGAUCCAGAGGACAACGGCUUGCCUGUGUUGGCGAGGGAUACCGAGCAAGCAGCAGGUAUAAACAGCAAGACAGAGUCCAGGAAAUUCUUCAUUAGCAGGGAGAGGAACCUGUGGCUGAGUCUGAUCCUGCUGUUGGGCUGCUACUCAGCUGUGCUGUUCCCUGCUUUUUUAGCCAAGGAACAACUUGUUUGGGAUAAUGGAAGCGCACAGAACAGAGACACGGUGUUGCUGAACCGUUCAGCUGCAUUCUUGUCACGGGCAUGCAGGCUGGGCUGGUGUGGGGAGCGUCUCCGGGCGACGGCUCUGUGCCCGAGGCUGCCGGGGGUCCGGGCAUUCCUGCAGGAAGCCCAUGCUCCCUGGACACACCCCCCUCCCCUGGGACUGCAGGGUAGCGAGGAUAGGGCUGACCGGGCUCUAAAGGUGCUGCCCCAGACUGGCCCACCCCCUAGGUUUGGGGGAGGGGCCUGCAGCCGCUGCGUGGUGGUGGGGAGUGGGGGAGUUCUGCAGGGUAGGGGUCUGGGGGCCCACAUCGAUCAGUAUGACAUCAUCAUCAGGAUGAACAACGCACCUGUAUAUGGCUUUGAGAGAGACGCUGGGUCCAGGACCACCAUCCGUCUGAUGUACCCUGAAGGAGCCCCGCGUUCAUAUAGAGAGUACCGGAACACUUCCCUGGUGGUGCUUGUGGUGUUCAAGGGCUUAGACCUGGACUGGCUGGCCUCUGUUGUGUCCAAGGAACGAUUGGACUGGUGGUCUAAGCUCUGGUUCUGGCGGGAAGUGGUGGACUCCAUCCCUCUUCAACCUGAAAAUUUCCGGAUCCUGAAUCCGGAGAUCAUCCUGCAGACUGGCCUGGCAUUACAGGCGUAUACCAAGCAGCCGAGACAGACGAUGCCCACCCUUGGCACCAGUGCGGUUGUCAUGGCACUGCAGCUGUGCGAUGAGGUGAGCCUGGCAGGGUUUGGGUAUGACCUUACGCGUCCUGAUGCCCCGCUGCAUUACUAUGAGUCACUACACAUGGACGCAAUGCGGUCACAGGUGGUGCACGACAUCAGUGUGGAGAAGCUCUUCCUCAGGGAGCUAGUGAUGGCUCAAGUAGUGAACGACCUCACGGGGGCACUGUGACCAGCCAAACCACCCCUACCUGCCCAGCUCUGACUGACCCUAGAUCACUUUUAGCUCCCAACCCCAGUACAGGCAGUUCACCUGGCAUCGGCAGAUGGCUUGGGUCUAUGGGGGGAAGCAAUAGCAUCAGGGUGUCCUCUGACGCAUUUGUGGGGGGGGGGGGGGGGCAGAGGCAAAGAAACCAAAGAAAUCACUAAUCAAUGAAAUCCACAACCAAGGACCUUAUACACCACCCAACCAUGCACGCCGUCUCAAUAAUGAAAUAGUUGAAUUGUGCCAGGAGGUGCUUCAGACAGCAGUAAUAAUUUAUAUGUGUGUAAUUUAUAUAUUUAUAUAAAGAACUGCUGGAACAAUUCCAUUGUAUUGAAAAUAUUACAAAUAUUUAAAUGCUGUAUCAGUCUAGAAGUUAUACAUGUUGUUAUAUGUGAUCCAUGAAUAAGCCUGGACAUUAUCUAAGACUUGAAAGUUAAAGUUUCCUUCAUAUCUCGACAGAUAUCAAUACAUUAAACAUUCUAAUAAAAAAUGUGGUCUGACAAA